AAUUUUUGGCGUAUCCGAGCCUAUUGUGCGGUACAGAGAGUGCUGCAAUUACGUACGAUAAGUUUAGUGGGCGGAGUUUAGGGGAUGGCGACGUACGACAACUGAUCGAUGUUUGAGAACAACAGAAAAUGUGUUAACAUUUUAUAAUUCGGUGACGUAGCGAUGAAAUGAGCCUCAUAAUGGGAUACAAUAAUCCUGCUGAGUGACAUGGGAAAAUAAUGUCUUGAAAAUUGAAGCUAAAAUAAGGUGUCUUUGUUUAUGGCAGAAGUUAAGAUUUUUCGUGGAGCGUGACGUCAGGAGGUCUCAGAAGGUCGCCAUUGUGUGUGGAGUUGAGUCGCAUCAAGUGAAGCUCGUCAUUUGGGUCGGAUUUAGGGCUCCCAGGCCCUCCCACGCCAAGAAGGAUGUCGUCGCCGAGUGCAGGAAAGCGUCGUAUGGAUACUGAUGUCAUCAAACUCAUUGAAAAGAAGCAUGAAGUUACCAUGCUCAAUGGGCUGAAUGAGUUUUGUGUUAAGUUUUAUGGUCCCAAAGGCACGCCAUAUGAAGGUGGGGUGUGGAAAGUUCGUGUUCAUUUACCUGAGCACUAUCCCUUCAAGUCCCCCAGCAUUGGCUUCAUGAACAAGGUGUAUCAUCCCAACAUUGACGAAGUCUCAGGCACUGUAUGUUUGGAUGUUAUAAACCAAGCAUGGACAGCUUUAUAUGAUUUGUCCAAUAUCUUUGAAAGUUUUCUACCACAAUUACUCACCUACCCCAACCCCAUUGAUCCUCUGAAUGGGGAUGCUGCUGCCAUGUAUCUCCACAAGCCUGAAGAGUACAAGAAGAAAGUCUCAGAUUAUGUUAAGCGGUAUGCAACAGAGGAAGCCCUCAAGGAACAGGAGGCUGCACAGGCUGAAUCAUCAGACUCAGAGUCAUCUAUGUCUGAUUUCUCUGAAGAUGAAGCACAAGACAUGGAGCUCUAACCAUGCCAACUGACCCUCUCCAUGUGGUCACCUUCAUCCUCCACUUCUCCCCUCACCUCAUGCUCCAGACUCCUUGUCAGUUCUUUCAUUACAACACUGCUAAUUUAAGUUUUCUCUGUCCUUUUAACCAAUUAAUGUACAACCUUAUUGCAAAGAGAGUCAAUAUGUACAAGUAUUGCAGUUAGGUUACUGAAGGUACAACCGUGAAAGGUGUAGAGGUCCAACCUGGGUGUUGUAGUUUUUUCUUUUAUAAAACAUUUCAUUGGCUAUAGCCUGCAAUUUUUUAUAAGCCCAGUUGCUGGACAAUGUUUUUUGAAGCAGUUAUCAAGAAAUAUAGAGUCUUACAGGAUUUCCUUAUAUAUAUAUAUAUAUAUAUAUAUAUAUAUAUAUAUAUAUAUAUAUAUAUAUAUAUAUAUAUAUAUAUAUAUAUAUAUAUAUAUAUAUAUAUAUAUAUAUAUAUCACUGAAUUGAGCAUGUUCUACAUGAAUUUAUAUGAAAAACUUUUCCCUAUUAGGACACCAAAACAUGUCAUGUAAAUAUACAAAGCCAGUACAGUUCUUUGUUAAUGUUAAUCUAACACUAUUUUCUUUCCCAUUUUACUCUUUCAAUAAGUAGCUGGCAAUAUGAGUCAUGGAGCUUCACAAUCGUUCACAGAGAUUAUAUUAAGUGUAAACAGUAACUCCUUCUAAGACAAAGGAAGGAUUAGUUUUUAUACAGGAGUUUUUUUUCAGUGCCACUGAUUUGUUCCCUCAUGUGUAUUCCUGACUUGGCUCCCCUUGCUUCAUCAGUUAGUGGCCAUAGAAUUUCAGAUUACUGGCUACCAACUCGUCUCCUUUUGUGCCUGUAGGAUGUCAGGCUCUUGAGAAAGUAUACCUCAAAAGUUGAGUGAAUGUAAUUAAUGAGUAAAGGCUUCCCUUUUCUCAUCUUCUAGUCAUCAGGCACAGUGCAUGGUGGGAUCAUUGUCAUUUCUAUUACAGUGCUUGAUGGCUUUGUUAUUAUUCAUUUAUUUUCACUUGCCUAAUUUAAAAGAUUUGUAAAUGUGAAACAUAAUGAAUACUUAUGUAUUUUAUUCUUCUGAAAUUUAUUUUUAUUUAAAGUUGAGUGCACUGUUAUUAUGUUCCGUCUUCCUUAUAUUUUAUUUUAAUUUUAACAAAAAAAAGUCUUAAUCUGCUUGCCAAGGAGCUGGCUUGGAAUGCACUAGAUGUGUGGGCUGGAGGGGCAGAGUGGCCGUGUGAUAUACUACCAUGCAACACAAGGAUUCUCUCCAUUUGAGGUCAGUAGUAUUAAGCAAAUUAUAAAUUACUUCCAUUUUGUUUUACAGCCCCUGGAGUUAAGCUAAUCAUCCAAAUUAGAUUACAAUAUACAUGAUGGAGACUUGAGUUCAUGUGUGUGGAAGUGCAAUGUUAUGUACCAGGUAUAGCUAAUUGUUUUAACUUAUAUGGCAACACAGCUAUGUAAUCUUUGUUUUAAUGGUAAGAUAUUAGAGCAUUUCAUUAUUUUUGACAAAAUGUUUGUAGUUUGUUAUUAAAAGAAUAUAUAGUUCAUUGAUUGGUGCUGAAAACAUACAUACUGAAAGGAAGGUGUAAUGGUCUUGGCGGGCAGUUCUGUUAUUAGAGAAUCUUGAGAUUGUUUGUAUCUGAAUUCAAUGAGCCCAAUGAUCUCCAUUAACAGCUGUUUUGGUGAGAAACAUCUAGAUUGCAAAGAACACUAACUUCUAAUUGUACUUUACCAGCCAUUUAGACAAAAGUCAAUUUUAGAAUACCUGUAUAGCUGAUUUUCUUGAUAGCAAAGAUGUACCGUAAGAUAAAUAUCUCUUAAUCAAAAAUUGUCUAGCUUUAGGGAAUAUGUGGAUUCUGUUUGUUUUUUUCAGUUAUAUGCAGCACUAGGCUGGAGGCCUCGGUUAUUUCAGGAGCACAGACUCAGUCAUACACAUUUCCUAUAAAUGUAUUUACAUUCUUACAUCUCCACAUAUCAUGAGUGCACACACACACACACACACACACACACACACACACACACACACACACACACACACACACACACACACACACACACAUUCACUUGCCGGUUGGGAAUGAAAAAGCAGACCUGCCCCCCAAAGUUUAAAAGAAAUACAGUUUCACAUAUAAGUACAGUUUCUCAUACCGAAGUGUAGAUGAGUGGAAUGGUCUAAGGGGGGAGAUUGUGGAGGUGGAGAGUGUCCACCAUAUGAAGGAAAAGUUUGAUAAAUAUAGACAAGGAGACAGGGCUAUCCGAGCUUAGCUCAGGCCCUCCAAUCUACAAAUAGGUAAAUACACACACACACACACACACACACACACACACACACACACACACACACACACACUUUCAGUUUCUCUGAUAUUUGCCAGUUACAACUUUGUGGGCUUACUUUUUCAGUAUACAACUGCAUUAAUAUUUUAUGCCUUCACAUUCCUCCGUUGCUCUUCAAAUUUUAUCAACAGUAAAUUACAUCUUCAUGACAAAAGUUAGUGUGCUUUGCAUGUUCACUUGUAAAAAGACAGUUCUCAAUUAUACCAUUUUUUUUCUCAGGAGGGUGAGCAAGGACCUUGGUGAUGCAAGAUCUGAAAAAGAAAUAUAUUUGUAUACAUGUAUUAUUUCUGUCUGUUAAUGAUGGGAAAACUGAGAAAGGUAAAAUUCAUAGAAAAUAUUUCAAACUUUUUAUUGCAAUAUAUUUCAUCAUACUUAAUGCAGUUGAUAUCAAUAAUAUACAAUAUCAUGGCAGGAAUUAGGUAUACAGGAAACUCCCAUUAUUCAACUGUUCGUUAUUCAACAGCUUGCCCCAUUGACAUUUCAAACCACUUAUCCUUUUUCGUUGUUUCAACAUGCAACCUCCACCAUUUCAACUUUUGAUUUCCAAUUUUCGAGCCAGAUAGUUAUUUUCAAACUGCGUAGCAAACAUCAGCUUGCUCGCCAGCAAGUGCAAGGUUCUGCCUCACACUCAGGUUCCCUACCUUGCUGAUUUGACCAUGAGGACCAUUACUAUCAUGGCUCAACCCAAGACCCUUACUAUUACUUCUAGCAAGUUCUGCCAUGUUCUCACCAGCUUGUCAUCAAAAGUAGAAGCUAUUCAAAGGCAUGAAGCUGGUAACAGAAAUACCAGAAUUCAAGAGGGAUUCUGAGAUCAACUGUGUCAAUGAUUUUAAAAGAGAAGAACCAGUACAAGUAGUUAGGCUCUACUAGUAUGAGCCACAGCAUUAUACCACUUACCAGGACAUGAGACUCGAGGGUAAUUACAUUAUAAUAAUAUGUAAGCACAUUAAUUUUCAAAACGUUCACCAGACAUGCUCCCUCCUGCCAGACAUCCACACGUGUGCCAACUGGUACUGCUGAAAGCUAGUCGAGCUAAUAGUUCAGCUUCACAUGCUUGCUCUCUUCCCUACUAAUCUUACCAUGAACAUCACUACUUCCAUGGUUAUACCCAAGACCUUUGCUAUUACUAAGUUGUAAAAAAGAAAAAAAAAGCAUUUUAUUGAAUUUUGGAGGGGUCAAGUUGAUAAUCAGAAACCUACCCCCCAUUUACACGAAUUACUGUGGCAAAGUGGUUAGCAUGCCUAGCUACGAAUCCAUGGACCUGGGCUGGAAUCCCAGCCUAGGUAACUGGCGUGCACUCCACCCAGCUGUUCAUCCCCCCUUUUGGGCUCGUCUGUAAAUGGGUACCUUGGGAAGGUAAACUGUUGUAACCUGAAUGUCAGACUGACCCUGUGUCCUAGGGUAAUGGGUAACUUCCCACCACAGGCUCAAGGCUCAACGUGAUGGAGAUGAGCCCCGAGGCCAAGUGCAGCUUUAGCCUGAGCCCCUAACUUUACCUACACUAUGGGAGAAAAGUUCAUUAUUUGACAAAUUUGCUCGUCAAUCUCUUUCUUUGGAACGCAUCCCUGUUGAAUAGCGGGGUUUUCCUGUAUAUGGUCAGUGACAAAUGGUUAAUGAAUCACCUUGAGCUAGACUUUGCCAUGGUUACAGGACCGCGCUUGCUACCUUUCACCGAGAAGCUACCGUGAGCUGGGAUUGAAUUCGCAACCUCUUGCUUGCGAGCCAAGCACCAUACUCACUGAGCCAUCCUACCCCCUAAACUAAUGAUAUGAAAGUCUCUUAUAAUUUGGCGUAGAGAUUUGAUCCAUGCUUCCAUUUUUACAUAAUGUUUGCAACCUUCCUUGAAAAUAUAAUUUCUGUAUAAAUGAUAAGGAUCUUAGGCAUGAUAUCACUAACAUUUCAUUUUCCCCAUAACUGCAACAUAACACACAACUAGUAGCUCAGCAGCCAGAGUACCUUCAACUAACUUCAACUAAAUAUUCCAUCUUCCACUUUUAAAUUUUAUGAUACGUAAUAUGCUCUUAUUUAGGAUACUUCAUUCAUUCUGACUUUGACUUGAAUGGGACAGUUUAGAUUAUUUCAAUAACUGCUAUUUGAUUACUUGCAUUGGUUGCCUUGUGUGUCUCUCCAAGCACUCAUAUUUUCUUGACCACAAAAUCUGUAAUCAUUCAAAAAAUUGGUAGUUUCAUUAUCAACUCAUGCUGCAGAUAUAUUUCUUCAUUCAUGGCUCACCGAGUCUCUAAUAUCUACCUGUAGUUUCUCAUUACCAAAACAAAGGGAUCCUGUGUUUACAAGUAGAGUGGGGAAAUAAUUGUUUUGAGAAAACUUAGGUGGUUUUCUUUAAAAAAAAAAACAUUCAGUUUUCAGACUCUAGUUUACUCUGAGGCUUAUGAUGAGUAUGUUCUUGUGAUUGUCAUCUAGGCAUUGUCAGUAAAUUGCUUAGAAGCAUCUAGGUGGAGAACAAAGCAUAUUUUAGUGUUUUAAAUGAAGCCCAUGAAUGUACUAUUUUGAAAUAACAAAUGAGCUCUGGCAGCACAUUUAGUUGAAAUGACUAGUGAGUCCUUACUUAAAGGGAACACCUCAUCCUGUACAACCCAAAGGUAAUGCUCAAACAGCUCCAGGGCUCCUCGGCAGCAGUCUGUUUUGAAAGUGUUACGUUGUCUUCAGCAUUUUGUCUUGUGUACACUUCAGGUGGGCAAUAGACUUAUCAUUGGAGUUUUACAGCAGUAGCUGCCCAAGGCUGCCUCCCCCUAGGUCACUUUUUUCUGUGAGCUGCACUCUAGGGAUGACCUCCAACAAAUCACAUUAGAAUUGUGAACUGUCAUGUUAAUACUGGAUUUUUUUUUUUUUUUUUUUUUUUUCCGUUCUAGAACAUGGUUCUUAGUCAAAUAUAUAUAUCAAAAAUUUAGUAAGUUACAAAUAUUAAAUUCUAAAGAGAGUGUUUGCAUAUUUUGAGGGAUAAAGAAUGUAAUUGGACAUAUAUUUUUAUUAUUUUUUAGCUUAAAAGACUAAAUCAUGUUCCGAAGUAAAAGUUAGCAUAGUGCUUCCUCAUAGUGUGUUGUAUGGAAAAAAACUUGAAAAAGUUUCAUAGAGUAUAGGGUAAGUAAGCAGUCUGAAACUAGAAAUUCGCAUCCAUUAGCUCGGUUGUUCUAAAUAUGAAAUUCAUGUGCAUAUUCAUAGAGUUCCACGAAAUUAUGGGAAUUUGAGCGCAUUAAAAGUCACUGGAAAAGAUUUGCAAAAUCUAAAAAUAUGCAUAUUAGAUGGUUAAUGAUUGUACAGUAUAUAAGUAUAGUUUUGAAGUUGAUUGUGAGAUCCUUUAACAAACUGGAACUGGUCAAUAUUGUGUAUCCUAAAAGCCCCAUUGUCCUUUGGUGUGCUUAGGAUAACUUUGUGCUUGCUUCUUCAGGAGUGUGUUCUUCACUUUUUGGUGUAUCUUUAUACGAUUUAUAGAUUUUCUGAUAUGCAUUGUGAUUAAGGUAUUGAUAACAGUUACUAUAGUAAUUACCUCAAAAGUUAUUAAAAUUACUUGAUUUGCUCACCUACCCUUGUUUUAUACUAGGAGCAGCCUGUGGCUCAAACAACAGGUAAUACACUUACAGGUAGUCUUGAAUCUAUUAACAUCUGUAUUCUGCCCACCACUGUUUGUUAUGUUUUAUAACAGGAGUAGUAGCCUGGUGUAUCUGUAAAGACUAUGUUAGAAGCAUUACAGUAUGGUUUGUCUCAGGCUGAAGAGCAAGGCCAUACUGCUGCUGUGUGUAUAGUUUUAAUAGUAGGGUCCUCCAAACUUGGUCUAGAGUCAUUGUUCUCGGCUACUUUGGUUAAUCUGAAAAUUCAAUAGUACUAGGUUAUUGUUCAUGUAUGUAAAUUUCAGUCACUGGUCAUUAGUAUAUGGCAGAUCAUGAAAGCAAUAUAUAAUAUUGUUUGCUGUAAUUUUUCCAUACUUAAAUAUAUAUAUCCCAGGAAUUUUCAGCCAAAAGUUAAGAAUUUUUGGCUUUUCUCUUGAGGGCAAUGGUCUUAUGACUGUGUUGGUGUGGCCAUUAGUAAGUAAGGACCAUAAAUGCUUGCCAGCCCCCCAAAGCUUUAAGGGCAAGUGCUCCAGAAGCGUUUUACCUAGAAGCUUGUAAUGAAGAGGCUUUAACUGCUUGAAAAUGUAUGAAAAUGACAUGUAGGAACAGCAAGUAGAAAAGACAAGGGGCUGCUGAUGUGAGGUUUCCUUUUCUUCUCAUUUUUAUCGCAAAUGUUCAUCAUCAGCCAACUGUGGCAGUUACAUUGUGUUCUUGUGUUAAAAUAUGAAUUUAUUCAAGUGUUGCAACUUAAUAAGGGAUGGAAUCUUAAAAUAAUUCCACCCAUUUUAAUCAAAAAUAGGGAAAAUGUAAAUUAUAUUCAUAACAUUUCACAUUUUUUAGUUCAAAGUAUGAAAUAUACAGAGUAAAUAAAUAAUGUUUAUCAUAUAUUCAGUCUCAGCAUAGCAGUACUGUUAAUAAUAAUAAUAAUGAAGAAGAAUAAGUAGUCAGUGAAUAGCAUUGAAGAAACUGACGGAAAUGUGUUGGAAAGUGUUUGUGGUGAGCACAGAUAUUCUAUGCAUGUAAUCAUACAUACAUAUGAAAAACAUAGCAUCAAGUAGGCUACUAGAGUGCUUUGCCAAUUCUGAACACCAAUGUAAUGAGCCGGGAAGAUCUCAUGAGCCAAAGGUGUAUAGUACAAUUUUUAUUCAUUGUUUUAUGUAUAUUUAUCAUCUUGCUAUUUUUUCCUGGGUGAGCGCAGAGAGCACUUAGUCUUUCAUAACCUCACUGUCUUUCAUGGGGGGUUUGGCUGGCAUAUUAACACAAGCGACAAGAGUCCUAUAAACACCAAUAAGGAAUUUUAGUUAAGCUCCUGAGCCUGUUUGUCAACAUUUAAAAACUCAGGCAACCCAAUCAGAGAAGGGGAUUGUAUCAAAUAGGUACUCAAAAUGUAUUUUACCUUAGAUAAUACAUUUAAAAUUGAAAAGUUGAAACUGGUGUUUGUUUGGCUCUGUAUUUGCAACACAGUCCAAGAAAAUGUUCAUAAUGUCCCUUCAGUUCAUCUCUCAUCAGCCAACAUGCCAUGAGCAUUUCUUUGAGUGGACUGAGAAUAGCAAACUUUCAAAUCUGCUCAUGUGAUAGCCACAGGCAUGGCUGGAGAGCUGUUAUGGUGGCAGUUUGGGCCUCCCACAGCCUACCUCAUAGCUGGGUGGUGGUGGAAGUAGUGGUGGAUUCAUUACAUUGGUCUACAUGUGCAGUGUACAAGUAUUCUUGUAGGACUGACAGGCAAAUUUUCACUCCUGAACUUGUGAACAGUGUGAGCCUCACAUUGUCUUGCUGAACAGUUGUGCCAUUAUUCCAAGCUCCACCACAGCGCCUCUUGUGCCACACCUCAACACUGUAAAUGCAGGCUAUCAUAACUUUGUAUAUUCUUAACUAAGCUGAAUAAAUGCCUCUGUGUUAUUUGUAA